GUUAUUGAAGCAAGGAGGAUGGAACGCUCUCUGAGUGGCCAACCAAAAAUCCAGUUUUCUGAAAUGUUAUUUAAGAAGUCGAGAUCUCUGCUGAAGAAAGGCGACCCACGAGUAGACAGCAUAGAGUCGCCGCCGAGAAGCGUUUUGGCUACAAGCCAAGCUCAGUACGCCUAUCAGAAUAACGCUACACAGAUCAAUUGGCUCAACACUCAGCUCGAUGGCACUUUGACACAAAUUCUGAUGGACAGCGACAACAUCCAGCAAAUCUCUCAAGCCUUUGGGAACACCAGCGUGCUCUUCAAGGAAGUCGUCUCCCCAACUCCCCAGAUUAACAAUAUCACGGACAUUGAGCGCUUUGUCAGCUGCUCCAGGUUUCCUAAUUACACUGCCGAGGUGAUUGCGGGGCGAUGGCAGUGCGUUGCACUCUGCAAUAAGAUGCCGGACUACUGCAGUGGACACGGCAAAUGUCACAAUGAUCUUCGCAAAGGGACCGUGUGCAGCUGCGACAGGUCAAGCAUAAGGGAGUAUUACGGCCAACGAUGUGACCGCUCACGCUGGGGUCCGGGCUUCUACGGAGCCCUAUUCGGAUCACUGGCAGCGGCCCUGCUGAUCAUCAUCAUUGUCAUUUUGGUUGUCUUCCUGGUCAAAAAGAGGCGGUCUGGGAUGUGGAAAAGGACUGACGGAGGAUUUAUAGAUUUUGAAGAAGACUACUUUGACUUCACAAACAUUGGACGUCGCAAUUUGGGACUGGCGGGUCUUUACACGACUGAAAGGUUGACGGCAUUUAGAGAGCUUUGAUAGACAAAUGC